AUGGAUAAUAAUAAAAAAGCAGCGAAUAUAGUGACGAUUGGAGGACGAAGGUAUGUUAAAAACAACAUGAACGGCAAUCCGGAAGGGAAUUCCAAGAUAAAGCUGAAUGAGGUGCUGAAGCAGUUUGGAAGGAAUGUUAAGAAAUCAAAGAUAAACUAUUGUGUAGUGAAUAAAGGCGAAGGCAUAGACAUAUAUGAGUCAAAUGAUUCAAAGAUGGUUUUCGGUAAAGAUGGAACACCUGUUGGCGUUAUCAUUUCUGGAAAGAAGAGCAAUCUUGAUGGCAACGAUAUCAAGAACCUGACUGCUGGCCAGAGCAGCAUACAGACUGGAUUUGUUGGAGAAGAGCAAAAGAUUGCAGGUGAUGCCGAGUGCAAUUAA